AAAAACUUUACCAUUGAAACGACUUUUCUUCAUUUCCCUUGUACUCUGUCUAUCCUUCUCAGCUGUGAUAAUGUGAGAAAGUCUCGCCACUCACCUGACUGCAUGAAAUCUUCAUCGUCGCGAGUUUUGUAUGCUCAUAAUAGACAUCUUAACGCCGGGAAACCCCUACUUCCCAUAAUCCAUUGGAUGGAGAAGAAAACAUAACAGUCUCUUUUUUUUCACCACGUCCACAGAAAAUGCCGCCGGCAAUCCCCUCUCCAUUGGCGAGCUACAUCCAGUCCUCCCUCUCCUCCUCCAACCCGCACAGUCAAACCCUCAUCACCUCCGUUCUCAGCACGCCUUCGCCCUGGCUGGUUCUGCGGCUCGUCUACGCGGCCUUGUACGGCGUUGAGGACGACAUCAAGGACGAUGGCAGAGACGCAGGGAGACCUGAGAGAACCGCAUCGGCGGCGUCGCCGGCGGGGCGUGUUGUCCUUGCGAGUUUUCUGCGGCCUUUGAGUCUGUGGGUUGAGUUGGGGAAGAAGAUUGGUUUGGAUAUCCAGUCUCUGCUCCGGAGCAAGAAAAUUGUCUAUGUCGACGGGUUAACUUACGCACCUUCGUCCCCUAUAUCGAUAUCGGGAGGUGGAGGAGGAGACCCGGCUCCUUCACUAACGACGAGGCUGAAGUCGCUGGCAUUUAACGAUGUGCAGGACGCAUUGGAUUCGGCAUUAAAGAGCAUCUCUACGACUAUCUCUACCCCAGCAUCCACGUCGAGUCCAACAUCCGGAACGCCAACACCACGAAUACCCUCAACGUCCAUGCAGCCAACACAAGGCAUCGAAGGCCCAAAGCCAUUCAUUUUCCUGGACGGUGUAGAUUUUCUCGUCGCCAGCCAACCUUUCCUUUCAACUACUUCCGUGCAGGCAUUCCUGGCCUCUCUCCGAACUCAAUCCCAAUCUCUGUUCCUUAGCUGCAACGCCGACACCCCGUUGCUACACAUCGCCACAUCCGCAAACGAAGAAGGGCUGCCGUUGGAGCGUAACCAGGCACAUCUCGUCACUGCCAUGGCGCAUCAAAGCCGCUGGGUGUUGCAGCUCAGAGGACUGGACACGGGCAGUGCGAGGGAUGUGUCGGGCGUGAUCAGGGCAAGUAAGGGAGGUGGCUAUGAAAGCAAUGAGGAUGAACUCGGGGAUUCGAGCCGCUCAAGAGUCGGAACCGCCAAUGAACUGGAUGAUGCCGAAUGGUUAUAUCAGGUCAAAGGGGACGGGUCGGUCAGGGUUUGGGGUCGUGGCGAAUGAAUCCUCAUGGUCGGCGUGUGCUUUGAUCUAUCUAAAGCCGUGGUGGCAUUUUCGGACCUACAAACCUGGUGUUAUACAACGUCUCGUCGCACGCCUUUUUGAUAUCGUUGAGCUCCAUCGCUUCCCAGAGGCAUGCUCUCGAUGUUCUGCCCCUUUACCCUGACAAUCUAGAUGUAGAUUUUGUGAAGAUGCG